UGAUCAAUGGAGCCGAAGAUGUUGGCUCGGUCAUGUGAUCAUCUGUGUCCAAUCACAGCUGAUCACAUGGGACAUGUACACAGAUCAUCAGAGCACUGAUGAUCAGUGUGCCCUGAUGAUCUGUGUAGCCCCAGCAGUGCCACCUGUCAGUGUCCAUCAGUAACAGCUGUCAGUGCUCUCAUCCAUGCCACCUGCCAGUGCCACAUUUCAGUGCCUACCAGUGCACAUCAAUGCCACAUAUCAGUGCCCAUCUGAGCUGCCUUUCAGUGUCACCCAUCAGUGCCAGUCAGUGCCACCUAUCAGUGCUGCCUGUCCGUGCCAUAUAUGAGUGCUGCCUUUCAGUGCCCAUCAGUGA